GCGGACAGAGCAGGUGGAUUUCCAAGAUAGACCAAGGGCGCACAGGAGCCGCCGGUACCUGCACCCACCAGGAACUCUGUCCUCUAGACAUGGCCCCGAGCGCCCUCAGUCCCCAGCCCCGUGGUCCCACAGGGGUGCAGACUGUCUAAACACCGCCGCCCUAUGGCUCACGCCUCGCCCCUGAGCCAGGCACGGCUGCCUGGCCCGGAGGCCGUGGAGACCGUGCCCCCGGCUGUGGACUUGGUCCUGGGUGCGACAGCCUGCUGCCUGGCCUGCGUGGUCACCAACCCCCUGGAGGUGGUGAAGACGCGGCUACAGCUACAGGGGGAGCUGCAAGCCCGGGGCACAUACCCACAGCCCUACCGGGGCCUCCUGGCCUCCGUGGUCGCUGUGGCCCGCGCAGAUGGGCUGCGGGGCCUGCAGAAGGGGCUGGCCGCCGGCCUCCUCUACCAGGGCCUCAUGAACGGCGUCCGCUUCUACUGCUACAGCCUGGCAGGCCAGGCUGGCCUCACCCAGCAGCCAGGUGGCACCGUGGUCGCGGGCGCCGUGGCCGGGGCGCUGGGAGCCUUCGUGGGGAGCCCUGCUUACCUGGUCAAGACACAGCUGCAGGCCCAGACGGUGGCUGCCAUGGCCGUGGGGCACCAGCACCAGCACCAGAGCGUCCUGGGGGCCUUGGAGACCAUCUGGCAGCAGCAGGGCCUGCCGGGGCUGUGGCGGGGCGUGGGUGGGGCCGUGCCCCGAGUCACGGUGGGCUCGGCUACCCAGCUGGCCACCUUUGCCUCCGCCAAGGCCUGGGUGCAGGAGCAGCAGUGGCUCCCAGAAGACAGCUGGCUGGUGGCCCUGGCCGGGGGCAUGAUCAGCAGCGUGGCAGUGGCUGCUGUCAUGACCCCCUUCGACGUGGUCAGCACGCGGCUAUACAAUCAGCCUGUGGAUGGAGCUGGCAGGGGCCAGCUCUAUGAGGGCCUCCGGGAUUGCCUGCUGAAGAUCUGCCGGCAGGAGGGCCCCUGGGCGCUCUACAAGGGCCUGGGCCCUGCCUAUCUGCGCCUGGGUCCCCACACCAUCCUCAGCAUGCUCUUCUGGGACGAGCUGCGGAAACUGGCCCGGCGGGGGGCCCACCGCCAGGGCACCUAGGCCGCGUCCCUCACCCCCACAUCCGGACACGGUGUGGCACUGGCCGGAAGUGACGCCUUGCCUCCCUGGGACAGACCAUCCCAGAGUGACCGCAGGCCCAGGACCCGCCGCAGGUGGGGCGGUGUGUGGCAGCUCUGGCCAGCGCAGCCCGCGCGGAGCAUCUGUCCUGCCCCCCGCGUCCCGGCCGCUGCGGCCCACGCCCUGCUGGCCGUGACGGAUGCUGGGGGAGUCACACGGAGCCGGAGGGGAACUGCCUCAGCCUCCUGGGCCUCCAUCACGUCCGGCGAGACUCCUUCGCUGCGGCGGCCCAGACUGCUGCCGGACAGUGGGGCUCGGCGUGUGGCGACGCGGGGCACCGCCAGGCUUCACUAGGGCUGCCUGAUGGGGCCGCAGACGCGGGGGCUGGAACUUGGAAAUUCGUCCUCUCACCAUCCGGAGGCUGAAGUCUGAGACCACAGGUGGCAGGGUUGGGUCCCUCCCUUCCUUUCCACGCGGGGCUGGAGCCCAGGGCCUCCUGCACACGCGCAGCGCAGGCUGCUUUCUCCUGGGCCCUGUCCCCUUGGCUCUCGGAGUCUGCCUUUUCCCUGGGUCCCACACAGGGACAACUGUGUCCUGUCUCCUCUUACAAGGAUUUGGGCCCACCCCAGUGACCUCGUCCUCACCAAGGGGAGAUCACCUGUCUCCACAUACAGGCUCCUCCCAAGGCCUUGGGGGUUGGACUUCAGCGUUUGCAUGGGGGCAGGGCACAGGGACACGAUUCAGCUGAGACCUCAUGGAGGGCUUGUACUGUGGCCCUGCGUUUGCACAAUUCUGAUGAUUCAGAAAGGAAGCUCAGGAGCCCCUGGUUCAGACCAGGAGGCUGAGGCCCAGGGACGGGGUGCCUGCCCAGGUGAGCAGCAGGCCCCGGGCCCUUUCCCAGACUCGGCCACACUCCUGCACAGGCCUGCUCAGAAGGCCUGCACUGGUCUUGGUACUACCAAGGGGGCACCAGCUCCCUGGUGGGCAGGACAGGACCAGCCCGGUGCCGCAGCUUCCCUACCGCGCCCUGCGUAUGAAGAGCGGGCCCUGCAGACAGCCCCCACGCACACUCCGAACCAAUAAAGUUUUCUACUUCUUUACCUCAAGGACUCCCUCUACCCGGUCACCACCCCGGCUCCACUCCCAUCUGGGAAGCCAGCCGGGGUUUCCAGCAGGACAGCCCCACCCGCCUGACCAGGCAAGGCCUGCCACCUGGCGGACACAGGGGGAACAUCAGGAUGGGCAACCUGGCCCCUGCAGGGAAGGGCUCACACAGAACCCCAGCCAGAGAUUGUAGGCCACCCACUGAAAGGGCAGAGUCAGAGCAGAGAUGAGAGAGCUGGGCUUGCAGCCCCCAUGGAAGAGCUGCAGAGCCCAACUCGGUGUCAGGGGAGGCCCCAGCCUCCCCAGCCCAGUGGGAGAGAGAAGCCCAGAGCUCAGGCAGGGGAAAGAGAGAGUCCUACACCUCAGGCUGUGGGGGAAAGAGAGACCCAGACCUCAGGCUGAGGGGUAGAGAGAGCCCCAGACCUCAGGCUGGGGGAAGAGAGAGCCCCAGACCUCAGGC